AUGAACAAAACAGAACCAUCAGUGUGUCACAGGGAGGAAUCUACAGGUGUAGAGGAGAGAGAGGAGAUCCAGCCUUUUACUCUGAUAUGAGUCAUAAAGCCAGUAUUAAUAUAAUCUUUUCCAACCAGGUUGUUGUAACACGACAACCUGACUGGCCUCAGAUUUUCAGUGGAGAGAAAAUCACUCUGACAUGUGAGAUCCAGGGAGGAGAAAACACUGAGUGGAUGUGUGUAUGGAGACAUCUUGGGUCAAUUAUACCGCAGAUUUCCAGUAAACAGUUUACUUUCACUGUUUCUGAGCUCAGCAGUGGAGACUACCAGUGUCAGUGUAAACGCAGAGAUGACUCAUAUUCUUCAACAAAGUGGAGUGAAGCCAUCAGACUGUCAGUAUCAGCCAGUAAACCCAGAGCCAGACUGACAGCAGACAGUUCAAUCCUACCAGCAGGGGGCAGUGUAACACUGACCUGCUCUGUGGACCACUCUGCUGACUGGAAGUUUAACUGGUUCAGAGAUGGGUCAGUCUAUCCUGCAGCUCAGCUCAGAAAUAACAAUGAACCAGGUGGAGUCAUCAGAGUCUCACAGGGAGGUCUGUACCGCUGCAGAGGAGGAAGAGGAGAACCAGUUUUCUACACAGAAGACAGCCAUGACGUCACCAUCGAGGAAACUCUUUCCAUGAAGCCCACAGUGGUCCUGCAGCCCAGCUGGACUCUGAUAUACAGAGGUGAGACAAUCACUGCCAGAUGUGAGAUCCAGGAAGGUGGAGGAACUCAGUGGACGUAUGAAUGGAGACCAACCAGGUUAAAUAGACCUCCAUCAUCCAGAGAACACAGGAUCAGCAGAGUUACUGACAGUGGAGACUACAGCUGCCGGGGAAGAAGAGACGAGUUUUAUUUAACACAGUGGAGUGAUGUCGUCUCAGUAACUGUAUCAGAAGAUGAAGCCAAAGCCACUCUGACAGCAGGCAGUUCAAUCAUACCAGCAGGGGGCAGUGUGACUCUGACCUGUUCUCUGAAGAUUCCUGCAGGAUUCACUUAUGAGCUCAUCAGACUCACAUUACCUGAAAACAAUUUCUAUGAAGCCCACAGUGGUCCUGCAGCCCAGCUGGACUCUGAUAUACAGAGGUGA